CGUAGAGAGCAUCGCCUGUGUUUAUUUUGUUUUUGUGGCGAUCGUCUUUUAUUGGAUUUGAAAGUGGUCUGGAAAACUUCUAGUGAUGUGUAUGGGAAGAUACCAAACAGCGGAAGGAUGAUUAUGGGUCAUCCAUUUCGUGGAGCGCUGUUCAUGUCAUUACUACAGUGUUUGUUCCUGAGAGCCAACUCGGGCGCAGACUACCCAGAUUCAGUCACAGAAAUGUCGUCACGCCAAUUUCGAGCAGAAUACCUUCAAGAGUGGCAAGGGUCACACGCACCCUAUUUCGACCCAGGCACUCCAAGAAAUAUCACCGGAUUGGUCGGUCACCCAGUGCGAUUGCUGUGUCGUGUAAAAAACCUACAGAAUCGAACUGUAUCGUGGGUGCGUCACCGUGACAUCCACCUGCUAACAGUGGGCCGUUACACGUACACAUCAGAUCAGCGCUUUGAGGCACAGCACAAGCCGCGCUCCGAGGAAUGGGCGCUUCGUAUCCGCAGCCCACAACGUCGUGACUCCGGCCAGUAUGAGUGUCAAAUUUCUACCACACCACCUAUUGGACAUGCCGUUUUUCUCAAUAUUGUCGAACCAGAGACUACAAUAUCAAGUGGAUCAGAGUUGUUCCUACAGAAAGGAUCAACUAUCAACUUGACGUGUACAGUGAGGCAUACUCCAGAACCACCUACGUCUAUUACUUGGACACAUGGAGAACAGGUGAUAAAUUUCGACUCGGCGCGUGGAGGGAUAUCGCUUGUCACCGAAAAAGGUUUGAAGAGUACAAGCCGGCUCUUAGUUCAACGAGCGAGGGGUUCUGACGCGGGGCUCUACACUUGUGGUCCAAAUAAUGCUCCGCCUGCUUCAACGAGAGUUCAUGUCUUAUCUGGUGAACACCCGGCGGCCAUGCAACAAGGCUGUGCAACAUCGUCAUUAGAAAUGUCAGUGACAUUAACAUGUAUAAUACUUAUUUUAUCCAUUAAAAUACCUUUUUAGUAUACAAUUAUCGUAUCAAUCUAGUUCAAAACGAUACAAAUCUCAAAUUUGGUCGUGUUAUGUACAAAGAGACAAAUAUUAACUCAUAAGUAAAUGUUUCGUGCAUGUAAGAUAAGAUAAAUAAUACAUAUUUUUAAUUGUUAUAUUUAAUUGUAUAUUACGUCAUAAUAAUUUACGUAAUAAAAUCGCCCGCGACUUUAUUAGAAGUUAACACAAAUACUAAUCACAAUUUAACAUAUAUGAUAGGUGUUACAUACAUAUGUGUGACGACAGUUUCAGACACAACAUCCUACGCUGUGAGACCACUGCAAAGCAAUCGAAACAUGAAAUUAUGUAAACGUUAAAUAAUAAGAAAUUUUAUUUUAACUGACUCCGGUACCACUAGCAAUGUGGUUUAAGCGUGAAACCCUAGUUCCUGAGGUCGUGCGUUCGAAUCACUGCUGUGCACCGAUAGAAUUUUCUUUCGCAAUUAGCUACGGUGAAGGGAAACAUAGUGAAGAAGUUUGCAAGUCUAAAAACCAAAUAUCCAUGAAAUCUGUCAGACAGAAGGCCAUCUACUUGUCUAUAAAAAAUAUAAUAUAUUUCAUUUCAUUUCAUU